AUGGUGGCCUUCAGCCGUAUUGCUGUCACCACUCUCGCCCUUGGCGGUUCUACCGCACAAGCCAAGCCUGCCACGGCGGCGAGGGCUACUGGGCUCGCCGACUUCAAGCCAGGUGUGCAGUGGGAGAUUUGUAUUCAUCAUCCCAUCAAGCAUGAUAGUGCCGCAGACUUGAUCCCGACCAAGGCCAAGGUCUGGGAUAUCGACAUGGGCCACGCUCAGGAGUUCCCUAACAUGAUCCCCAUGCUCAAGAGCGCUGGCAAAUUCGUUAUUUGUUACUUCAACGCCGGAGCCCUUCAGGACUGGGAUGACGACAAGAGCAAGUUCCCCAAGGAGGUCAUCGGUCACUCCCUGUCCUACCCCUACGAUAGCGAAGAAUGGUACCUCGACAUCCGGGACUCGCGUGUCCUCGAGUUGCAAAAGGCACGACUAGACAUUGCUGCCAAGAUCGGCUGCGAUGCCGUCGAUCCUGACAACGUUGACGCCUGGCAACAAGAUGACGAAGACCCCACGGGCUUCAAGCUCAAGUCUUCCGACUACACCAACUACCUCAAGAACCUCGCCAAGUAUGCCCACUCGAUCAAGACCAAGGACGGUCAGCCCCUCCUCGUCGGGCAGAAGAACGCCCCCGAGAUCGCCGAGGACCUCGUCUCGACCCUCGACUUUGCCGUGCUCGAGUCCUGCCGCGGCAACAGCGACCCCAACGAAGAGAGCUGGCCCUUUUGCGAGGACUUCCAGACCUACAUCGACGCCGGCAAGCCCGUCCUCCAGAUCGAGUACCCCCCCUCGGUGGAGAAGACGGGCAAGGUCAGCGCCUCGGAUAACAAGUACUACUGCACUGCCGAGGAUGAGGACAAGGGCUUCAGCAAGAUCAUCAAGUGGGCUUCUGCUCAGCUUGAUGGCUGGGGUCAGUACUGUGGCGAGGAGCCCUUCCGUACUCCUGCGGCCAAGUAUUAA